AUUAGAGAGAGUGUGCGAGAGAGAAGGACAACGGACGCCGCCGCGACGAGCUCUACUCGCCGCCGCCGCCGCCGACGCCCGCAGCAGCAGCCAUGGAUCCGAAGCUGGUGGAGGUGACGCAGCUCUUCUCCCGCUUCAAGGCGGCCUUCGCCAGGAACGACUUCGACACCUGCGUCGGCCUCCUCUCGCAGCUCAAGGUCCUCCUCACCAAGUUCCCCAGCCUUCCUCCGUUGUUUCAGCAGACGCCGAAUGCAGUGGAGGAGCUUAAAAUAGCGAGGGACAUAUAUGAGCAUGCAGUUGUUUUGAGUGUGAAAAUUGAAGACCAAGAUGCAUUUGAAAGGGACUUCUGUCAGCUCAAGCCUUAUUACAUGGAUACAUGUGGCGUAAUUCCACCAUCACCAGAGGAGUACCCAAUUUUGGGUCUUAAUCUUCUGAGGCUGCUGGUUCAGAAUAGAAUUGCAGAGUUCCACACUGAGCUAGAACUUCUACCUGUCACAGCACUAGAAAAUCCUUGUAUCAAACAUGCAGUGGAGCUUGAGCAGUCAUUCAUGGAGGGGGCUUAUAACCGAGUGUUGAGUGCUCGACAGGCUGUGCCCCAUGAGACAUAUGUGUACUUUAUGGAUCUUCUUGCCAAAACUGUGAGAGAUGAACUAGCUGGAUGCAGUGAGAAGGGAUAUGAUUACAUGUCAAUAGCUGAAGCAAAACAAGUGCUGAUGUUCAGUUCUGACCAAGAACUGCACCAGUACAUCACAGAGGAGCAUCCAGAAUGGGAAAUUAAGGAUGGCUGUGUCUUCUUCCAGAAGGCAAAGGAGACCCAGCCCUGCAAGGAGAUACCAUCCUUGCAGGUUAUCAACCAAACGCUCAGCUACGCCAGAGAGCUGGAGCGGAUUGUAUGAUUUGUUCCCCUUUCCCUUGAAUAGGUCAAAUUCUGCAAUCAUUUGGGAUCAUUUGGGAUGCCAUGUACUAUCAUCACGUUUAAGAUGCCCAUGUCUCAGCUUUGAGAUGUACUCAGAUACAUUCUCUGAAUUUCUUUGAAUAUGCUGGAUCUGUCUCAUGUUUGGUUGCCCAGUAACUGCGGUUGUGUUUUGAUGUAUCAGUUCCUUGAUCAAUUACUUUUGCUGUGCUGGAAAUGUACAGCGUUAGUCGCGAAUUGCUACAUACUGUUGGGCUUACGAUGAUAAAAUGAUAUCAUAAUUUCUUUGAUGUGUUACCAUUA